AUGAGGGUACCAUGUGCGGCCUACAACCAACAAGGAUUGCAAUUCAUCUGCAGCACAAAAACUGCGAAAAUUGAUGGAGCCGUUGAAACCAUCAAAGCCGAACGAGAUGUUAUUGAAUCCGAAUUGCGCUCUGCUACCGUGAACCUCAAGGAACAAUUUCUGUCGGCACUAGCGGCUGACGGUGCUAUUAAUGAACCCGCUAUAUCGUUGGCUGAAAUUGGGAAAACAAUUGCUCCCCUACAAAAUCAAGUCCAGGAUAAUCUUUCACGCCAGGAGACAUUGAUUCAAGAUAUCAAGCAGGCUCAGCAAGAGUUUGCUGCUGAAUCCGGUUCUACUAAUCAAUCAAGCGAUACAAUGCUGACUCAACUAGCGACUGCUUACGACGUGUUCUCCGAACUGCAGCACAAUUUGCAAGAUGGGGUUAAAUUCUACAAUGAUUUGACACAGCUGCUCAUAACUUUCCAGAACAAAAUAUCUGACUAUUGUUUCGCACGUAAAACCGAAAAAGAUGAAUUGCUGAAAGAUUUGACACAACAAGCUAGUCGCCAAGCACAACCACCAACUCCUAGCAUUCCUGCACAUCUUGUGUCUACUACACCAGCUGCCUCCCGAAUCGCCAUCUUCAUCAGCUUCGGCACCGGCACCAACAUCUGCAAUGCAUACUCCGUAUCCAAUGCAACCCCAGGGAAUGCCGGUGCCCUAUGGAGCAACUGCCAAUGUUCCAUAUCCAGCGUAUGUACCACCUCCGAUGCCUCAAGGAUUCAAUCCUUACGCCACACUCCCAUAUCCAAAUGCUUAUCAAGGGUUCCCGCAAGCUCCGGCUUAUUAUGGAACUUAUCCUGGCGCAUACGCGAAUCAACAGGGACAGCAACAACCAACGCAGAAUCCGAAUAAACCAUUUGGGUGGUAAAGAUUGUGAUGAGUUACGGCACAUCUCGCACUAGGCGUGGCAUUUCCGCCUUGAAGCUAUAAUGAGCUUUCGCAUAAUUAAAUAUACCGAUGUGAGUUGUUGUCAAAACAUAAAGAGAUAAUUUUGUUUACGAUACUAUAAAUGUUUACGAAAAAAAAUUUCAGUAAAGAAGUUAACCCAACAUACCAUA